GGCGGCAGUGGUGGUUGUUGUGUUGUCCCCUCGAGUGUGGCCGACAGUCGCACUCUUCUCUCGCACACGGAGUCAACACGCAUUCGGCGGAGGGACGCAAACGAUUGCGUUUCCUUUUGGUUUUUGUUUUUCGGUUUCGUUUUGGGGGUGAAAAGAAGAAAAAGAAUACGAAAGAGGAGGUACGUGAGAGGAUCUUAACGUAAGGGAGGACGCACGAGAGAAGGAAGGAGAAUCGGCGACGAACGGCGGUGGCGAGAGACCAGAAAGACGGAAAGAGAGGAUAUUUGUUGUUGGUCGGGUCAAGAGGGAGCCGAGGGGGAGAGAGCGAGCGUGUGUAAGAGAGCGAGUGCCGAGUUGCAAGGGGAAUUAGUUAGUUGACUGUACCCAGCCGGCAUCUGUACAAAUGGCGUUGAUCUAAAUAUAAAUAUUAUAUUUAUAUAAAAGUGUAUUUUGUGUGUAUAUGAGUGCUUGUGUGAUUGUGUGUGCGAAGAAGAAUUGUCGUUCCGGUGGUGGUGUUGUUGUUUAACGUGUGCGGGCAAUUAACGAAAGAAGUAGCAAAAAAAAAACAAGAAAAAUAAGGUAACCGCUGCUGCUGGUGGUGCUGCAUGCCGUACGACGAGUGCUGCUGCUGCUGCUUGGAGAUCAUCCCGCGGCGGAGCGAAAAAAAGACUUUUUGGAUAACAAUCAUCAAAGCAACAAGAGAGAGACAACAAUUUUUUAUAGCAUAUAUUUUAUAUAUAGAGAGAUAUAUAUAUAUACACCUAUUAUAUUGUCUAGUAUUUUUUAGACAAAGAAUCUAGCGAGUAGGCAUAUAGUAUUAUUCAUGUACUAAGAACAAUAUUUUGUGCUUUAAAACGAGUUAGAACUAUCUAUCGAAGAUGGUUACUCCGCCGCAGCAGUUUUGUGUUCGAUGGAAUAGUUACCAAUCAAAUCUACAGAAUGCUUUCCCCAAGCUUCUCAUCUCCGAGCAUUUCGUCGAUGUUACGUUGGCUUGCGAAAACGAGAUGCUCAAGUGCCAUAAAGUCGUCCUAUCCGCUUGCUCGACGUACUUUGAGAAGCUUUUGCUUCAGAAUCCCUGUCAGCACCCCAUUAUAUUCAUGAAGGACAUGAAGUUUCAAGAGAUGCAAUCCCUCGUUGAUUUCAUGUACAAAGGUGAGGUGAACGUCACGCAGGACGAUCUGCCAUCGCUUCUGAAGUCGGCGGAGGCCCUUCAGAUCCGCGGCCUCUGCGGAUCUGAUCAACUUCUCAGUCAACAAAAUUUAAAUAACAUUAAAACUUCCUCGACGCCGAAGACGUCACAGGAGAAGCCUGUCACGAAUGCGAACGCCAAAGUUUCUUCCGAUCAGCCUCAGCAGACACAGCAGAAUCAAUCACAGCAACAGCAGACGCAGACGCCCAAGGGGGUCGCGAAAAAAGAGGAAAAGACUGAUACACAACAAACGGCGGCGAGCGCUGACGGUACCCUUAAUCCAUCCUCUUCCGAAUGUGAUUCGAACGAUGCCUCAACUAUUAUCAAAGAGGAAUUGGACAUUAAAGAGGAGUACGAGGAUGCGUACUACGAUGGAGAAGGUGAUCUUAUGGAUACAGAAUUUACAGAAGAAGACGGACCACUUAAUAAUAGUUUGCUCAUGAAAUCUCCAGACUAUGCUAUUGCCAAUGUUUCGUGUCAGUAUGAUGGAAGUCCAGGUUCGACGAGUCGGAGGGUGCGAAGAUCAGACGAAGAACUGAGAAGAGCUGCAGAAUGUAUAACGCGAGGUCAGACCUUCCAAACGGUUAGCGAUCAAUUCAACAUCCCCAUUUCCACGAUACGCUUUUACAUGGCCAGGAAAGGAAUCCUUCCCCGACGCAAGAGAGGAAGAGCGUGCUCCGGUGCAAGCAUGUCCCCAUCCAUAUCCCCCUCCGUGGCAAACUCCUAUGGUUCGUCGGGCAACACCAGCCCCAUAGGCCCACCUUACCACAUCGUCCACUACAAGUUACCCCAUCUGGGCGUCUCCAAACUCAAGUAAGAGACACACAGAAACCACCACCAACAACAAAAUCAACAACAGCAAAACAAAAUUUAACACACUCACACACACCGUGCUGAAAAGAAAGAAAACAAAACCAGAAACAACACUCAUUUGCCUAUAUACAUAUAUAUUUUUAAUUACUUAUUUCUUUUUUUUUCUCUCUUAUAUCUUAACGGCAUGCAACACGAUAGGGUCGAUACUUUAUAAAUAUAUAGAAAGGACAAAACAAACAAAAUAAUGAAAAAAAAAUAAAAUAAAUCGUGAAAUAGUUUUUUAAAAGAGGAAAAAAAUAAUAAUAAAAUAUAACUAAAUAUGGAGAGUACAAGUUGUACACUAAUAGCUUCCAUUAUACUUAAGACAAUGUAUGUCGUUCAACUUGUUGAAUCCAAAAAAAUAUAAAAGUAAAUAAAUAAUAAUAAUAUUGAGAGGACUAGGAGAAAAAGAAAGAACUUGGAUGCCUUACAGUAAAUUCGGCAUUAUUUUUAUAUUGUGCUAUAGAAAUAAAAUAUAUUUUAAAAUAUAUCAACCUAUUUUUUAGUUAAUAACGCGAGAGAUGAUCUUGCGAUAUAUAAAGUAAUUGUUUGUACUGAUUGUAUUGUAAGGGUAGCUCGCAUACAGAUUUUAGUUUGUAUUCAAAUUAUUUUUGAAAUAUUAAUUCGAUAUAAACAACAGAGAAAAAAAAAACAAAAGAAGCUUGAUUUAUAUUCCAUUUUAUUUUGUU